ACAGACAGCGAGAAAAAGGGUGUGAGAAGAGGAUGGAUUCUUCAUCAGGAUUAAUUAAAAGGUCAACAGGGGGCGGAGCUCAAGCCAAUGAAGGAGUGGAGGAAGGGGGCGGGGCCAGACGUCAAGUCCCACACGUUGAAAUGAAACUCAUGGAAUCAGAGGAGGGGUCAGAGGCGGGGCUUAACAAUGACAUCACCGCUCUGAUGCUACGUCAACAGACAGACCGCAGGAAAGCCGCAGUUUACCUCCUUCUGAUUGGCCUGCUUAUAUUCACCAUAGCGUUCCUGUUGGGGUACGUGGCGUUCCGUGGAAUGUGUCGUUUGUGCAGGGACGAGGGGGAUCUGCUUCCACUGAGCGACGCGGCCGGAGCUGACCCCUCGCCCGAAGGUGGGGUGAUGUACAUGUCUGAGCUCAGAGAGAUGCUGAAGAAAUACCUGAAGGAGGAGAGGAUCGAAAACACACUCAGGCGAGUGAGCAGGACUUCUCACCCGUCAGGAUCUUCAGAGGGGAACGCUGUAGCACGAGAAAUACUGCAGAAUCUGCAGAACCUCCGUAUGGACCACACCUGGACGGACUCGCACUACGCCACACUGCAGUUCCCCUCCAGGACGCAGCAGAACACUCUCUGGUUGGUUGAUUCAGAGGGGAAGGAGCUAGAGGAGAUUCCGCUAGACAGCGAGGGAUACUGUGCCUACAGCGCUACAGGAACAGCCACGGGUGGCGUUGUGUACGUGAACUACGCUCGCCGUGAAGACUUCGAGCAGCUGCGCACGAUGGGCGUGGCCCUCAACGGUUCCAUCGCCAUAGCGAGAGUGGGAGGGGGCUUGAGCUUCGCUGAGAAGGUGUGGCAUGCGCAGGAGGCGGGACAUGUGGGCGUUCUCAUCUACCCUGACCCUGCCGACGUACCCCAGGAUCCACGACGACUCGGUCUCCAUAGCAACGCUGUUAUCUCAGAUCAUGUGCACCUGGGCUCAGGUGACCCGUUCACACCUGGAUUCCCCUCCUUUAACCACACCCAGUUCCCAUCCACACAGUCCUCAGGCUUGCCAAUCAUUCCAGCUCAGCCAAUCAGUGCAAACGUCGCUUCCAAACUGUUAAGUCAGUUAUCUGGUGUCGAGUGCCCGCGCAGUUGGCAGGGUCGGUUGCCGUAUGUUCAGUGUGUGAUAGGUCCGAGCUUCACAGGGCCGGGUGAGCGCAGGGUGAAGAUGGGCGUGUUUAACAGCAUAAAGCCGGUGCUGCUCAACAACAUCUUUGCCUCAAUAGAGGGCAAAAUCGAACCUGAUCACUAUAUCAUUAUCGGGGCCCAGAGGGAUUCUUGGGGUCCAGGAGCCGUGAAGUCUGGAGUAGGAACCGCCAUACUGAUGGAAUUAGCCAGAACAUUCAGCAACAUGGUGGAGAAUGGAUUUUCCCCCAAACGCAGUCUGCUGUUCGUCAGCUGGGAUGGAGGAGACUUUGGGAAUGUUGGUGCCACUGAGUGGCUGGAGGGUUACCUCACCAUGCUUCACCUGAAAGCUGUGGCGUAUUUCAGUCUCGAUCAAGCCAUCCUGGGUGAUGAUAACCUCUCAGUGUACACCAGUCCUCUGUUAGCAGAACUCAUCGAAGGAGCCAUCAAACAAGUCGAACAUCCCAAACACACGGGUCAGUCGAUUCUCUCUCUGGUGCAGCGACAGGGCGGCUGGAGAGACAUAGUGAAACCGUUGUAUUUAAACAGCGGUGGGUACAGUUUCACCGCAUUUGGAGGAGUUCCUUCUAUGGAGCUGCAUUUCACAGAGGAUGCUCGUACGUACCCAUUUGUGAACACUCAGUUGGACAGCGUCGGGCGUCUGCAGGAGCUUCUUCAGGGGCGCUUGGGUUCGGUGGGUCGAGCUGUUGGUGAACUGGUGGGUCUGAUGGUUCUGAAACUGUCACAUGAUCACAUACUUCCACUGGACGUCACCUGCUACAGCAGCACAGCACUACAGCUCAGCUCUAAACUCAGCCUGCAUGCUAGUCAACUACAGUCGAGGGGUUUGUCUCUGCAGUGGGUUUUUAGUGCGAGAGGAGAUUACAGCAGAGCCGCUAAAAAACUGCAGGAGGCCAUAAAGAACAGCGACAUUCAGGACGAAAGACUCGCCAGAUUAUAUAACACACGCAUCAUGAGGGUGGAAUACUACUUCCUAUCGCAGUAUGUGUCGGUGGUCGAGACGCCGUUUCGUCACGUGUUUCACGGGCGCGGCGAUCACACUCUGAACGCACUCGCUGAGCAUCUUUCUCUCCUGCGCUCUGACCCGCACCUGUUUGACGAGGCCCGUUUUCGACGCCAACUGGCUCUCUUCACCUGGACACUGCAGGGCGCCGCUAACGCACUCAGCGGCGACGUGUGGAACGUCGACAACCAUCUGUAGAACUCCAUGACUGCAGAAUCAACUCAGGGUCAUUCCUUUAGCAUUUCAUUUAGUCACACCAUGAAUAACUCAACAUCAAAACACAAGAACAUCAACAUUAGUCGAGUACACUCUUUGAGUGUAGAGUUCGGACGUGUCCUAACCAGGCGUGAUGCGUCAAGCGACUUGUUGUGAAAACAGAAAAUUACUUGUCACUGGAAACUUGUUGCGUGGCGCCUGGUUAGGACACGGUGUUAUGACGAAUAUAUUUCUCUGUGUGUUUUUUUUUUUGUUCAGUUAUAUAUAUUUUUCUCUUCUCUAUUCAACCACUCAGUAUCUCAUCAUUAAUUAAUAGUUAAUUAACAAUUAUAAUUGAGACGUGAUUCUUUUGUAUUACUAAGUGAUAAUGAGACUCUUAUUAAUGUAUGCUGUAAUUAUCGAGAGCAGUGACUCUCAUAAUUAUGACAGUUGUACUGUCGUCCAAUUAAAAAGCAGCAUCUGCUAUCAAUCAACCCUAUGAUGUCAACAGGGGCGGGUCAUUGAUGUCACAUGGCCCCUCAGACUGUGAUGUCAUAGAGCGCUCUUUUACAACCUACACUGUUUGGCUGGUUUUAGCUGGUCUGCUAGGUUAGGAGACCAGCUUAAACCGUCUGAGACCAUACAACCAUCAGACUGGUUUUAGGUGGGGUAACGAAGCAGACCGAUGUUUAAACAUCUUAAAGUUAGAAAUCUGCUCAGAAAUGCAUUAUACUUUUCAGAAACGGUCUGUUUAUGAUCUCCUUUUUGUUAAAGAUAUUGGACGGAUCUUGAUUCGAUUUCUAAGGGAUUUAGACGAUUUAUUUACAACAUGUGCUGUACUUCAAUUAAUGUUUUGUUGUUGUCUCAAAUUCCAGUGCUGUUUUUAUUAAAAGGACAUUCAAAUGUAAA